AUGGCGGGCCUGGGCACCCCCGAACCGGGCAGCGGCCCCGGCCCCGGCCCGGGCACCCGGGUGGAGCUGACGGUGUCCUGCAGGCAGCUCCUGGACAAGGACACCUUCUCCAAGUCGGACCCGCUCUGUGUGCUGUACACCCAGCGCCCCGGCAGCAGGCAGUGGCGGGAGUUCGGCCGGACCGAGGUCAUCGACAACUCCCUGAACCCCGACUUUCUGCGCAAGUUCGUCCUCGACUACUUCUUCGAGGAGAAGCAGAACCUCCGCUUCGACCUGUACGAUGUGGACUCCAAGAGCCCCGACCUCUCCAAGCACGAUUUCCUGGGCCAGGCCUUCUGCACCCUGGGCGAGAUCGUGGGCUCUGCCGGCAGCCGCCUGGAGAAGCCCCUGACGAUGGGGACGGUCACCACGCACACCCGGGGCAGAAGACCCGCUCCGGCCGUCUCCAACGGUGGCAUCCCCGGGAAGAAGUGCGGCACCAUCAUCCUCCUCGCUGAAGAGCUGGGCAACUGCCGGGACGUGGCCACGCUGCAGUUCUGCGCCAACAAGCUGGACAAGAAGGAUUUCUUCGGCAAAUCCGACCCCUUCAUGGUCUUCUACCGCAGCAACGAGGACGGGACCUUCACCAUCUGCCACAAGACGGAGGUGGUGAGGAACACGCUGAACCCGGUCUGGCAGGCGUUCGCCAUCCCGGUGCGCGCUCUCUGCAACGGCGACUACGACCGAGCUAUCAAGGUGGAGGUGUACGACUGGGACCGUGACGGCAGCCACGACUUCAUCGGGGAGUUCACCACCAGCUACCGGGAGCUGGCGCGGGGACAGAGCCAGUUCAACGUCUACGAGGUGGUGAACCCCAGGAAGAAGAUGAAGAAGAAGAAGUACCUGAACUCAGGGACGGUGACGCUGCUGUCCUUCGCGGUGGAGUCCGAUCACACCUUCCUGGACUAUAUCAGGGGCGGGACCCAAAUCAACUUCACGGUGGCCAUCGACUUCACCGCAUCCAACGGGAACCCGUCGCAGUCCACCUCGCUGCACUACCUGAGCCCCUACCAGCUCAACGCCUACGCCAUGGCCCUCAAGGCGGUGGGCGAGAUCAUCCAGGACUACGACAGCGACAAGAUGUUCCCCGCCCUCGGCUUCGGCGCCAAGAUCCCACCGGAUGGACGCGUGUCCCACGAGUUCCCGCUGAACGGCGACGCGGCCAACCCGGCGUGCAGCGGCAUCGAGGGCGUCCUGGAGGCGUAUCACCGCAGCCUGCGCAGCGUCCAGCUCUACGGACCCACCAAUUUCGCCCCCGUGGUCAACCACGUUGCCCGCUCGGCGGCGGCGGUGCUGGAUGGGUCCCAGUACUUCGUGCUGCUCAUCAUCACCGACGGCGUCAUCUCGGACAUGGCGCAGACCAAGGAGGCCAUCGUCAACGCUGCCAAACUCCCCAUGUCCAUCAUCAUCGUGGGGGUCGGCCAGGCCGAGUUCGACGCCAUGGUGGAGCUGGACGGUGACGACAUCCGCAUCUCCUCCCGCGGCAAGGUGGCCGAGCGUGACAUCGUGCAGUUCGUCCCCUUCCGCGACUACGUGGAGGGGGGGGGCAGCCCGGUGCUGAGCAUGGCUCGUCUGGCCAAGGAGGUCCUGGCCGAGAUCCCCGACCAGUUCGUCUCCUACAUGAAGGCGCGGGGCAUCAAACCCCAGCCUGCGCCCCCCAGCCCCGACCCCCCCCGGCCCCCCAACAGUCCCUUCCCGCCCCCCCCCUCCACGUGGUGUAUGCGUCUGCUGUGGGUUUGUAUCGAGUUGCCUUAA